AUGCGAGCUGCCACGACCUCGAUCUGCCGCGCCUCGCGCCGCGCGCUGGCCCAGCAGGCCGCGUGCAUGAGCACGGGCCCGUCCUCGUCAUUCUCGGGCCUCCACACGGCCGCGUACCUGGCGAUCGGCGGCGGCGCGGCGGCCGCCGUCGUGGCCGCGGCCAACGGCGUGGUGCCCCACGAGUGGGUCAUCCGGCAGCUGGCCGAGCCCAUGAUGCCCGUGGUGCGGCUGUUCGACCCGGAGACGGCGCACCAGGUCGCGGUGCAGUGCGCGCGCUUCGGCCUGACGCCCAAGGACCCGGAGGCCGACCCGGAGCUGCUGCGCGUGCAGGCGCUGGGGCUCGAGUUCCCCAACCCGCUGGGCAUCGCCGCCGGCUUCGACAAACACGGAGAGGCCAUGGAGGGCAUGCUGGACAUGGGCUUCGGCUGCGUCGAGAUCGGCAGCGUCACCCCCAAGCCGCAGCCGGGCAACCCGCAGCCGCGGGUCUUCCGCCUGCCCGAGGACCGCGGAGUGAUCAACCGCUAUGGAUUCAACAGCAAGGGGCUCGAGUACGUCGGCGACCGACUGGAGCGGUACGUGGGCUCGCGCGCUAAGCGCCAGGGCAACGGCCACCGCGCGGGCGUCCUGGGCGUCAACCUGGGCAAGAACAAGCUCACGGAGGACGCCGCCUCCGACUACGUGCGGGGCGUCCACGCGCUGGGCAAGUACGCCGACUACCUGGUCGUGAACGUGUCGUCGCCCAACACGCCCGGCCUGCGCACGCUGCAGGGCAAGAUCCAGCUGCAGAACCUGCUGGUCCGCGUGCUCAAGGCUCGCGAUGAGGUUGCUGCCAAGGAGGAGCGCCGUAUCCCGCUGCUCGUCAAGAUCGCGCCCGACCUCACGGAGGACGACAAGCAGGACAUCGCCGACGUGGCGCUUGAGCUCAAGCUGGACGGUCUGGUCGUGUCCAACACGACUCUGAGCCGCCCGGACACGCUCAAGGGCGAGGCCAAGGGCGAGACCGGCGGUCUGAGCGGCCUCCCCGUGCGGGACCUGUCCACCAAGGUGCUGGGCGACAUGUACAAGCUCACCAAGGGCCAGAUCCCGCUCAUCGGCGUGGGCGGCGUCUCCACGGGCCAGGACGCGUACGACAAGAUCCGUGCCGGCGCCUCGCUCGUGCAGAUGUACUCGUGCCUGAUCUACGAGAGCCCGCUGGCCGUGCCGCGCGCCAAGAAGGAGCUGGUUGCGCUGCUGCGCCGCGACGGCUACGAGAGCGUGGCCGACGCCGUCGGUGCCGCCCACAAGUAA